CCCCAAAUUAAAAACCGACCCCGCUUGCUUUACUAUAAAGUGAAGCCCAAUCAUCGGAAAAAGCCCACAACCCAACCCAUCCUUCUUCCUGGAGAGAGAGAGAGAGAGAGAGAGAGGAGAACGUGAGCGACGAUUUCGGGGGGAGGAAAAGCUUAUAGAUAUAGAUUCCGUCUAACCCAACCCUUCCUUCCUUCCUUCCUUCGAAUUCAACGUUUGUCAAGGAGCUUCCCCCCCCCCCUCUCUCCCGCUCUCUCUCUGUAUCUGCGUUCGAUUCACGGGAUCUCUCUCUCCAGGUGCUCUACUUCUCGAUUCAACCAACCCCGAUUUCGAUUUUCCUGCCCAUUUGUUGAAGCUCGUAUCUGUUUCCGAUCGGAUGGAGUUCGCUUCUUGAGUUCAUUUAGAAAAACACAAAUGGCGAAAGUUAAGGAGGUACGCAACAACUCUACCUCCCACCAUCAUCGGACGGCCCCGCGUAUGUUGUCAUGUCGCUCAUCCAAAGGAAUUAAGCCUGUUCUCUCUAAGCAAAGGAAACCCAAAUCAUUGAAAAAGAAAGAGUGGGACCAGGUAACCUGCUCAGUGUGCUUGGAAUAUCCCCACAAUGCUGUCCUCCUGCUAUGUUCUUCCUACGACAAGGGCUGCCGGCCUUACAUGUGUUCAACAGGCCGUCGCUACUCAAACUGCCUUGAACAGUACAAGAAGGCUUACAUGAAACUGAAGGAAGUGGAGGGUACUUCUUUAGGGAAUGUCCCAGCAAAUCAUGAACUUGCCACUGCCAACUUGGGAAAUAUGGGUGAAAAGGUUCAAGUGCCUGAGCUCUUAUGCCCACUGUGUCGAGGGCAAGUGAAGGGCUGUACUGUUGUGGAAACAGCGAGAAAGUACUUCAAUGGGAAGAAGAGGAUGUGCAUACAAGAGAAAUGCAUGUUCUCUGGGAAUUACAAGGAGCUCCGGAAGCACGUCCGGGCGGAGCACCCAUGGGCCCGGCCGCGGGCUGUGGACCCUGCACUCGAAGAGAAGUGGAAGAGGCUUGAGCAGCAAAGGGAGAGGAAUGAUGUGAUCAGCACAAUUAUCUCCUCUACUCCGGGGGCUGUGGUGUUAGGGGAUUAUGUAAUUGAACGAAACCCUCUUUUCAUAGACUAUGAAUGGGAUGGAUAUUCAAGUGAUGAUCUGGCUCCGCUAGAGAAUUUGGGCCGGGAGUUUGUGACUUCAGCCCUGAUGUAUGGUGAUGGUUAUGGCUCAAGUGAGGAAAAUUUGAAUGUGAACAGGUCUCGGUCCUCUCGAAUAUCAUUAACUUCAUCCCGUGCCUACCACAGGUAUCUGAGUGGCAGACCAAGGAGGAGGCCGAGGCAUUGACUCGUUGAACCAAAUGGAUGAAUCAGAAUGGUAUUUAAACUUAUCUCGGAGUUUCUUCCUAUUUCUGCAGUCAUCUCUAUUUCGUCAUGGCAAUUGGGGCAUCCCUCCAUGUUUCGUGGGAAACAUGGAGCUGGUGCAAAUCACUUUAGGGUAGAGGUUAGUGCAUUGGUAGCUUGAUGCCGUUUCCGCAUCAAGUCACUAACUGAUACUGCUGGUUGUAAAGCGUUAGUUCUGGAGUUCCCUUUCCGCAACUAAUUGUUAGUUAGGUCAAGUUAGUAGACCCAAGCUUGAUUUUUUUUCUUAUCUUGUGCUUCAGAAAAUGAUGUCGGGUCUCUGUUUUUAGGUUCAUCAGAUCAAUGGAUUAUUUUGGCAUUGAUUCAAUGCUAAAGAAUGUUUUAUGUACACAUGAGGAUUAUAGCAGGGAGCUCUUUUCCCUUUUGUUUGGUCCC